AACUGACAAAAAGCAGGGAUACACUCAGUUCAGAAUACUAUCACACCUGGGGAUUUUCAUCCUUGUCUUCUGCGACAUAGCAGACUUCUGAACACAUAGCUAAUCAAUUAAGUGAGAGACGUACCACAAUGACUUUGAACAGAAGCGAUACACUGAGGCCCCUGGAACAAAGACGUGGCAGUAUGCCACUGCCCCUGAAGCAUCAGCUUCAAAGGACUGAAGCAGUGGAUGAGCCAGACUGGCCCCAGCUGGCUGCCUUUGAACCAAGCACCAAAGAAAGCUGCUAUUCCAACUCAUCUGAUUCUGUUAUCUCAUCCAACAGUGACUUGGGCAGCCAUGUAUACAAAGUCGUCCUGCUAGGUGAAAGUGGUGUUGGGAAAACUGCCCUAGCAGGCAUCUUUGGAGGCCUUGAAGAAAACUUUCCUCAUGAUAUGGAAAAUGCAGAGGAUACAUACGAAAGAACCAUCACGGUGGAUGAGCAGCAGGCGACACUUGUUCUGUACGACAUUUGGGAACAGAAUAACUCUUGUGGAUGGAUGCAAGACAACUGCAUGCAGAUGGGAGAUGCAUUCCUGUUAAUCUUCUCUGUGACUGACCGGGAGAGCUUUGAUCGUGCUGCAAAACUGUGUGGAAAACUGAUAGCACAACGUCAGAAUCAAGAUAUACCCAUAAUCCUUGUUGGCAAUAAGAGUGACUUGGUGCGAUCCCGUGAAGUGUCCGCAGAAGAGGGACGAACCUGUGCUGUGUCAUUUAACUGCAAAUAUAUUGAGACAUCAGCAGCUUUGCAUCACAAUACCCGCAAGUUGUUUGAGGGUGUAGUACGGCAAAUCAAGCUUAGAAGAGAUGGAAAAGAAGAGGUGCAUAAACGUCGAGAGAGCCUCACCAAGAAGGCCAAAAGGUUUCUUCAGAGCUUAGUGACCAAGAACAAUAAAUUCUUCAAGCAGCGCUCUAAAUCCUGCCAUGACCUCUCAGUCCUGUGAACUUUGCCUACAUUCUGGGCACCACCAUAUCAAUAACCAAUAAUAGCCAUUGUAUUUUUGGCUCAUUGGUCAAGCCCACCAAGUGGGAGAAGCACAUCCAUGAAGGUGUAUGUAGAUGGAGGUGUGGAACUGCACUUUUUAGGAUUUCAGAAAACAUUUGAAAGGGGUAUGCUACUCAGUUAUAAUGGGGAAAAUCAGAGACUGGAAUAUAUUCUCAAUUUGUUUCUAAUAUUUAAAUUAUGAUCUUGUGUCAAGGUGAUGCACUAGACCAUUUCAAACUUUAAGUGUCUGAAAGGUUCCACUCCCACUGCUCACUCAAGCACUUUCUGGUUCUGACCAGUUAGUUUCUGGUAAAUUACAGAGUUAAUUACAUUUUAUUUAAUAAAGUGAGAGUCGAGAGAAUGAGAUAUACACACAUACAGUGUGGCAUAUAUUAGAGUCCUAAAAAGUAAAAUGACUCUUUUUGCUAAAGUACAAGAUUCUUGGAGAAUUUAUAGAAAGAAUGUAUAAAAAUAUUUGCAUUUUACAAGCAAACAUGUAUUUAAAAACAGAAAAGGAAGUGCGCAGGAUCGUUCUUCCGAAACUGACUGUAGCAUUGUUUAUGUUAACUGAAUGUCUCUAAUACUAGACUAGGGAAGAUGUACAAUUGUUGUUGGUGACUUUUAAAUUUACCUCAUCUGGGAAGAGAAGAAAGUUUAUUGGUGCUGUAACACUUGUUCUGCUGAAUGCAAUGCUGUGAUUUAUGGUGGCAAUUCUGCCAUAGCUCUGACUGUAGUGAUGUUUGAACAUGUAAUACAAUCAAGAUGUGCAGGUAGGCCAAAUGGGAAAGUUUUUUGUCCCAACUUGCUAUCUGCUGAAAACUUGGAAAAUCAUCCUUUCCAUUUACAUAGCUUAAGGAGAGGUUGGAGUUUGUGGGGAAGUGGUGUUUGUCUAAAUGGCAUGAAUUCAUUUUUUACUAUACAAUGUAAUAAAAGAACUUUCAUUUUAAUAAAUAUUUUGCAUAUAUAAAAAAUGAUGCAAUGUGUCUUCUUCUGUGCUGUGACAUUGGUGCUUGACCUCUUUGUGCUGCCCACAGUACAAUAAAAUCUUUGUGUGGCAGAUGGUCUAGGGAGCUACAAAUUACAGCAUAUUUUUCCAGUCUGUUGGACCUCUGAUCUUCCUAGCAGUGCUGAAGGAUGUAAAGCCUGCAGGAAAGAGGAGCGUGAAGCUUUAUGUUGUGUGUCCCUUGGGUACACAGAGUGCAACAGCAAAUCAGCCUUAGACAAAUGCAGUUAUGUUUGGAAUUCAGUAGAACUGAACCCAACUGUGGCAUUUUUUUCAGAAAGGUGAAUACUGUCUGUCCGUUCUCAUUUCCACUGCUCCUCUCCUCCACAGUUAACAGCAUUACGAUUUUGAAGUUAAAAAAUCAAUACAGGAAGCAAAACAUUAAACUGAAAAUGGCCAACACCAUUUCAUGCCAAUCAGGUAUUAUAGGUUCUUAUUUAGUUAAUGAUGCAUUUUAAAUAAGAAACAAAAAUCUGAAGUGACAAUAUAACAUCCAGUCAUAUGGUCCAGUUUUCUGGCUUCACUUAUUUUUGGUAUAAAUACACAGUUAAAAUGUUUACUUGGGUCAACGCAGCAAAUGUUUGGCAAUGCUAGACUUGAACGGACGGACUCCUGUUGAGCAGUCUAGUACUACAUAAUCUGCAUAUCAUAACACACACACACACAUAUAUAUAUAUAUAUAUAUAU